CCAGAAUUUGUGAAUGCGCUUGAGAUCAUGCAGGCCAGCACCCCGCUGCUCACAGGUCGUCCCCGCGCGAAGAAGAUGCUGCGCAUGUCAUCCUCAGACAAAGCAGCCAUCACGAUCGGUCUCCUUUCAGCUCUAUGUAUCGGGUCGGUCCUGUACGUGGCACGCACGAUAGCGUUGCCGUACGCCGCACCCAUCGCCACCUCUCGAUCGAAUUUAUCGUCCACCAUUCUCUCGGAGCUUCCUGCGUUGAAUUUCACCGGGGAUCUUCGCGCUCGAUGCACGGAAUCAUACUUUGUCCAGACGUUGAAUCACUUUGAAGCGAUCCCAGACACCUACAGCCAACGCUACUUCGUGUGCGACGAAUUCUGGCAGCAGUCGUCGGCCGGCCCCAUCUUCUUCUACGUCGGCAACGAAGCCGACGUCGAGUUGUACCUGAACCACACGGGGCUGAUGUGGGAACACGCGCGCGAGUUUGGGGCGCUGCUCGUGUUUGCCGAGCACCGGUACUUUGGCAAGUCGGUUCCGGCCGACGCAGCGCGCCAUCUGCAGCACUUGAGCUCCGAGCAAGCAUUAGCAGAUUACGCAGUGCUGCUUGGCCACAUCAAGUGGUCGCUCAACGCGACGUCCAGCGCCGUGGUUGCGUUCGGAGGGUCCUACGGAGGCAUGCUGGCCGCGUGGUUCAGGAUCAAGUACCCGCACGUGAUCGACGGCGCCGUGGCCGCGUCCGCGCCGGUUCUGUCCUUCGUGGGGGAGUCUCCGCCGGCGAACCUGACGGCGUUCUCUCAACUGGUGACGUACGACGCCAGCCCGGCCGCCGGAUCUGCCGCGAAUUGCGCGGCCAACGUCAAGCGUGUAUGGGACGUUUUGUUCGACGCAGCGACCACCGCCGCCGGCCGGGCGUCAAUCCAAGAUGGGCUGGGUCUCUGCAGUGCACUCUUAAGCGAGGACGAUGCGUUGUCCGUGCCGGAAUGGGCCAAAACGUCGUUCGUUUACUUGGCGAUGGGGAAUUUUCCCUACCCGUCGUCGUACAUUAUGAACGGGGGCAGUGUCCUGCCUGCGUUUCCCGUGCGCGAGGCGUGUAAACCGUUUGCGCCAACGUUUCCAUUGACCGAGGCGGGGAAUUUUUCCCUUUUGGUCGCCCUGCGAGCCAGCGUUGGCGUGUAUUACAACAGCACCCACGACCAGCCGUGCUACACCCGGUCCGCCCCGUCCAAUGAAAGCCAAGUGGACGCAGACUUCUGGGACUACCUGUUCUGCUCGGAACUGUACCAGCCCCAGGACCAAGGUAUCGGCGACAUGUUUUGGCUCGACGUGCAUGACCAGACCGCCGACGCCGCCCGGUGCCUGGCUAAGUGGGGGGUCACCCUGCGCCCGGAGUGGGCCACGACAGUCUACGGGGGCCGGAAGGCCCUGCGCGCGUCGAGCAACAUUGUGUUUUCCAAUGGAAACCUCGACCCGUGGGCGGGCAUGGGGGUGCUGGAGGACCUGAAUCCGUCCGUGGUGGCCGUGCGGGUCGAAGGCGGCGCCCAUCACUUGGACCUGAUGUUUUCACAUCCGUUGGACCCCCCCGGCGUGAAGCGAGCGCGAAAGGAUGAGCUCAAGCAUGUGGCCAAGUGGAUUCAACAAGCCAAGGCCACUGCAGCGUAAGUUUGUGGACAAGAGACGAGUACGAUGACCAUCGAAUUUGGGGGGUUGACGUCACUUUGAACGACGCUAUGACGUUAUCUCA